AUGCACAGGGACUCACUGAAGGAGAUCGAUGGAGCACUUCGAGCCCAGAAAGACUGGACUCGCUACGUACGUCCAGUGCAUGGGUACAAAGGCGGCUUGGCCAACCCCUACGGCUUCAUUAGCGUAACGAUUCCCGAAUGUCGGGCGGAAAGGCUUGAGAUUGUUUCGUAUGCGAAUGAGUUUGCAUUUCUCUAUGACGAUGACAUGGAAAUGCUUGAACUCAAAAAGCCGACAAAAACUCUUGAUCGUUUUCUCCAGCCUUUUGUAACCCCUGUACUUCAGGUCGAUGCUCGAAGUCGGCCUGAGAAAAGACUUCAAGCACAGAUAUUCUCGGAAAUGAUGGGCAUAGAUCAUCGGCGGGCCAUUACAACGAUGAAAGCUUGGGCAAGUUUUGUCCAGUUAGCAUCUCAAACACGAAUGACGCCUUUUGAGACCUUGGAGGAGUAUAUUCCAGCACGAGUUACAGACGCAGGCGAACUGAUCUGGUUCGGGUCGUUAACCUUUGGAAUGGGCCUUACCAUCCCCGACGAAGAAUACGAUCUAUGCAUGAGCCUUGCAAGGCCAGGAUACGCCGCACUAGGCUUGACGAAUGACCUCUACUCGUGGGAUAAAGAACGAAAGGCGGCGAGGGACAUGGGGCAGGACUACGUAUUCAAUGCAAUCUGGGUCAUCAUGAAAGAGAGUGCUAUCGGGGAGGAAGAGGCAAAAGAAGUUUGUCGACGUGAGAUUGCGCACAACAUCAAUGAGUUCCUUGGAAUCGUCGCAAAGACGAAGAACGACAUGAGUUUAUCUCGAGAUCUUCGUGUAUAUAUCGAGGCGGUUAUGUGGUCAUACAUUGGAAACCUACGGACCGGAGGUCGUGGGACAAUGUCCGACAAUUCAACAGAUACGAAAGGUGCACUACAGAGCAACAUCAAAUAUCCAUUCUGGUUUGGCGGCAGUGCCAGCGCUUUAGCCGCUUGUGUCACUCAUCCUCUUGAUCUUGUCAAAGUCCGCCUGCAGAUACGUACAGUAAAUGUGGCCCCGUCGUUUGCUUCAGCCGUCAAGAUCAUCAUCAGUGAUGAAGGUGUAUCAGGCUUAUACAGUGGCCUGACAGCAUCCGUGGUACGCCAACUCACAUACUCGGGCAUUCGCUUUGGCAUAUACGAAGAACUUAAGUCGACAGCUAGCCCUUCUCCCAGCAGCCAAUGUCUCCUGGCCACUGCAUGGUGUUCUGGCUUUGCAGGCGGAUUGGCUGGCAACUUUGCUGAUGUUCUAAAUGUCAGAAUGCAGCAUGAUGGAUCACUUCCAUCUCAUCAAAGGCACAAUUAUCGUCAUGUCGGUGAUGGAAUAUUACGAAUGGCACGGGAAGAAGGUAUUGGCGCUUACAUGAGAGGAUGGCUGCCCAACUGCACACGCGCUGCGACACAAACAGCAGGGCAGCUUGCAAGCUAUGAUAUCAUAAAAAAGUGCAUCCUCGACUAUCGAAAAACGGAGGAAACGCCCGCUUCUCAGGCUACCUCUGCAUUUUUAGCCGCUGUAAUCGCGGUAACAGUGACCAAUCCUCUAGAUGUUUUGAAAACAAGGGCCAUGUUUUCCACGUCGACAGUUGGGACAGGUAUGGUAGCUACGGCAAGGGAGGCAUUCCGGAUUGAAGGACCUGCUUGGAUCUUCCGAGGAUGGUUACCGAGCUUUCUACGGGUUGGGCCAAAUAUGGCUACCCAAGCCCUCACCAAGUCCACCAAAGCUGAGCUGUUCCCCAAUGGCGGUUGGGACACCCACCACCAUAUUUUCGAGCCAUCAACCUUUUCCUACAGUCCAACCCGCCACUUAACGCCCCCCGCCGCAACAGUCCAGUCCUUCAAGACCUUCCGACAGAAACUCGGCAUCACCAAUUCUGUGCUCACCCAUGGUCUAUCGUACGGCGAUGACUGUACUUCUCUCAAGACUUUUGUCACCCAGCUGGGCAAGUCUAGUACAUCGGGUGUUGGUGUCAUUGACCCCGAGAAUACUACCGAUGAUGAGAUACGAGAUAUGCAGGCUGCAGGUAUCUGCGGUCUCCGUGUGAAUCUCUAUCACUAUAACGCGAUGGAAGAUGUAGAGCUUCAGAAGAAGACCCUCCGUGCGUACCUUGAGCGGGUGACUCGUCUUUCUCUUCCUUGGAGUCUCACAAUGACAACUAUCCGCACGGACUUCUGGGAUACCCUGGAAUCAUUUGUUAGAGAAGAGGUGGCCCCAACAGGUAGACCUCUUAUCACGGACCAUUUCGGGCUGCUGAAGGCACCGAGCAUGCUUCCAGCUCAAUACCGACAAGACCCAACUCAACAACCAGGAUUUGCACCCAUAUUACGGCUCGUCAAAGACGGUCUUCUCUAUGUUAAGCUCAGCGCUCCCUAUCGUGUGUCUGAGCAUAGCCCAAGAUAUAGUGACCUAAAGUUUCUUGUGCGAGCUCUUGUAGAUGCGAACCCGCGUCAGGUCAUUUGGGGUAGUGACUGGCCGCAUACACCGAGGAUGAAGGUACGAAGUCAUGAAGAAGCUAUGAAGGAGACGCCAUUUCUGGAGGUCGAUGAUGAGGCAUGGCUGUGGAGUCUGAGGGAGUGGUUGUCGGAUCAGGAAUGGCACAUGCUGAUGGUAGAUAACCCAAAGAGAUUAUUUGGUUAG